GCUCAUGAAUGUGUCCAGACAUGCGGGGGAUGUGCUUCGCAAUCGAUGGAUGUUCUGCUGCCUGUGAAACGCGGCUUUCUCGAACUGCAUGCGGAUGUACGCGAAACUCGCAGGUCACCUGUCCGCCGUUCCGGACUCUUUUUAAAAGAAAAAUCAGCACCCCCUCAUCCUUGACAGCUUUUUUCCCCGCUGGCUGUUUGCGUUUCUUCGUCGCUUCCCAAAGCUCGGCCUUUUUUCAAAGAAGAAAAACCAAAGUUCCAGCCUCUGCUGGGCUCCAGCAGCCGCUCGUGGUCCUUCGAGUCAAGGCGAGUCUCUUGCCUGACCGUUAUUUUUUCAGUAAGGGAAUCUUUUUCUUCUCGAUAAAAGUUUCAUUCGGCUUCCUGCUUUUGCUCUGGAAGCAUUAAAAGGCUCUCGGAAAUAUUUUCCUUGGCACAGUCUCUAAGAUGAGAGGGUCUCUCCUCUCUCCCUCUCCGUCGUUCUCGCCUCUGACAGCUUCCUCGCCUCGCUUUCCUCUCCGAUGGCCAUCUUCCAGGAAGCCUUUACGCGGUUCCUCAUGUCUACGCUCCGAACCUCUCUCUGAUCUGUCUUCUUCUUCGUCUCCUUCUCGUGUGUCUGUGCUGGUUUCGCUGCCCUCGUCUCCUUUGCCUUCCAGGGAUGUUUCUGUGACUCGUUUUCGAAAGAUCCCUCAUCUUCUGCUCCGAUGUUCUCUCUGCAGUCGGCCGGGGACUUUCCUGGCUCGGCCUACAUUUUCCCUUGUCACACCCGCCUCCCGUUCUUCCUCUACCUCUGCCUACUACCUUCCACUCUCCCCUUCCUCUUCCUUUCGUACCUGCUCUCAAUCUCCUGACUCGUGUAUUUCUUCCUUGUGCGAGUGGGCUCCACCGUCGCUGUCUCCACCGUCUUCGUCUCCUUCCUCGGCUUUCUCAGUGUCUCCUUUCUCCUCGUUUUCAGUGACUCCUCUCUCCUCGUUUUCAGUGACUCCUUCCUGUCUCCUGGGAAGCAGAAAGGCCGACGGGGGACAGCGUGAGUUGAAGAGGCCGGGUAUGUUUACUCUCUCUCUGUGUUCUGACGCCUGCGUCGGACUCUCCUUUAAACAUUUCAGAGUUCUGCAUGAGAAAACUGCAAACGCGUUUCCUUCUCUCGAGCUGAAGCUAGCGUUGUGCGUAGACGAGGCUGUCGGGUCGAGCCCGGGUGUACGUACACCUGAAAAAUGUCCUUUCCAGGACAAGUCGUUGACACCUCGCGAAUCUCUUCAUGCUGUGCGAGUCGAGUCUAGAAUGACUCUGAGCACUAGAGCUCCCUUGAGUCCCGAGAAUACAAAACAUGCCUUCUCCGUUGGUGCACUCUCUGGAGGUUUUCCGGUGUCGUCGCUCACGGCUUGCCCUCCUCUCCGUUCGUUCUCUUCCUCGUCUCAAGGAAGUCUCGGAGGGAGAGAGCUGGAAAGCUCCGCAUGUUUAGAAGAGGCUGCAAGCGCUGCGCCUGCGGGUGUGCGUAUAGCUCAGGGAGAGAACCUGUGUGAAUUCGAAUACAUCGACGAACAAGAGAGAGAAGAUGCUUCCAAACGAUGUGAGAGCAAUGAAGCCUUCAAUUCGUCGAAGCGACUGACCUGCCGCCAGCUUUCGAGGCCGAAAGGAAACCUCUCGCUCCGAAGCGACGAGGAGCCUCCAGGUGUAUGCACACCUGAGCGACCCGAGGCGGACCGCCAGAAGAUGCGGCGUUUCUCGCUUAGAAAACACAGGGGCGGUGCUCUUUUGACAGCGUGGAAGAGCGUCCAUUCCGCGCUGCGGAUUCAGGACUUCGUGGAGCGAGAGGGGGAAGAUCUUUUUUCUUCUCGUGGAAAUAGAGGUAUCGCCUUUGACGGCACCCCAGACCUCGCGUCCUCUGUGCGGAGACGCGCCCUGCCGCCUCUGCCGCUGCAUGCCAAGAACAUGCGCAGAUACCCAACCACGAGCCUGUCGGCGAGAGAAGAACUCAGAGCAGACUCAGAGACGCACAGCGCCGUCCAGGGACUCUUAGCGCCGUCACCUGGAAAUCUCACGCUUGUUCGCCUGGAAUGCGCAGAAAAGAAACUGCGGCGGAAAGGUCAAGAGACGCUGACGAGACUGCUGCGAGAGAGGAUCUGGGCCGAGCGAACAACUGAGGCGAGGGAGUCUAAGAGCGAGUACAGGGAGGAGGAGAAGAGAGAGGACGAGACGGAGACGGAGAGUGUGAAAGAGAACAGGAGAGAAGAGGGAACGGCAAAGACCAUUGAAAGGAUUUCAGUGCGUGAGGACGAAGGGAGAAGAGGUGAGGAGAUUCGAUUUGAAACAGCAGAGUCUGUCGAGGACCGGGACAGGCUAGAUGCCGAUGAGUUGUCGGCGAGCUGCGAGUCAAGUGUCCGUACAGAGGAGCUUCGCAGCUACCUGCGGUAUGUGAUCUGCACGUUGCAUCACCUCGAGUUGGAGACGCUGUUUUCUCUUUUUUGUCGGAAGAACCUCGAGUCCUUCUCCGCCAAGCAACUCCACGAGCUGCACUUUCUGUUGUUUUUUGAGGACCCGACAGAGCGAGGAGAGAAAAAGGGAAGAGCUCCGAGGGAGUUCGCGGAGGCCUCAGAGUCGGCAGAGUCGCUCGCAGCUCCGAAAGAGACAGUCUGCCUGGGAGAAGGACCCAGAGACCCCCCAGACUCGGAAGUGGAAGAGAGGAAUGGAACGGACAAGACGAAACCAGAAAGGAAGGCAGCGUCGAAACAAGGAAGAAACGCGUUUCUCCUUUCUCUCCUCAAUGGAACGGCUAAGGAGGUUCCGCAGUCUCUUCGAGAGAACCAGGUCCUCGCGCUCCUGCUCCACUACCUCCACACCGAGCAUCCUCUCCUUCCUCAAAUGACGUUGCUUCGUCGAGCGGAAGGAAAAUGUUCUCUCUCUCAAGCCUCAAAUAUCUCUGAAAAGAUAUCAACUCGGAGUCACCUAUGGUGAUAGUCGUGUACAAAUAUUAGUCUCUACUUUUUUUGUGCGUCUAGAUGCUGCUUUCCAUGGAGGUGUAUCCACUCAUAAAAAUACAUAUACACACAUGCAUCUACACAGGCGUGUAUAAACAAAUACAUCAAUAAAUAUUUAUAUAUAUGUAUACGUAGAUACACGCAUAUAUAUAUAUAUAUAUAUAUAUAUAUAUACAUAUAUGUAUAUAUGCAUGCAUAUAAAUAUAUAUAUGUAUAUAUAUAUAUAUAUGUAUGUUUCUAUUCCUUUGUGUGCUUAAGUGAUAUUUGACAGCUGCUUUGGUGCAUGAAGAAGAAAGGUGAUGUCACUGAAGAAAAGAAUGUCUGCCGUGCAGCGUUGAACUUUUGCCUCCAGCUCGGGUAUGUCGAGUGAGGUACUUUGUAAAAAAUCUUUUUCGGAUGCCUCCUACCCGGAGCAUGCCCAUUUCAGUGGCUUUCCGAGGACGGAAGGACAGAUCCGCAGAUCCACGCAGGUCUACAUAUCCAUCUUCCGCUGUACGGCAAUUCGUUAGGACACACAUAUACAUGUUCAUGUGCA